UUACAGUGGUACAUUGCUUCAGAGUAGGCACAGGGGCGCCACCACACCCCGAACCUAAAACAAAAAAUAUUAAACAAUUUGUGAACGUACUGGCAGUUGGACUGGCGGCAAUAUGAAGGUUUUCCAAGCAGUUUUGUUUUGCGUGGGCACCCUUUCCAUCGCAUCAUCAGCGCCGGCGAAUAGAGAUUCGUCUGCACAGGCGUCAGAAUAUAACUACGACUACGACAACUCAGCACAGUCCGCCAAAGGCCAGGACCCAGCGGAAGCCGCGAGCCACUACGAUGCGUACAUCUCUGAUGUGCAGGCCGCGGCCGCCGGGGGCACAGCUAAGAAGGGCUACAGCAGCGGCAGUGGUCUCAGAACUAUAGCUGUUGGCUCCGCUAAUCAAGCGAAAACAGCGCUCGGAAACCAGGUCGCGGCAGCUUAUCAAGCGGCUUAUGUAGCAAAGAACACUUUAGCUCAGUCAGCGGCUCAGGCGAGUGCGACGGCACAGGCAGCGCUCGCCGGCAAGCAGGUCAUCCUGUCCGGCCUGGAGCAGCAAGUGCGGGACGCGAAGGUCGGUUUGCAGGGCGAGGAGAUGCAGCUGCAGCAGGCAAAGCGCGCCGCGCAAGCUGCUGCUCAAGCGGCGCAACAAGCCAUGCACCAGGUGAACGUGAUCCAAGCGGCGCUGAACGCGGCGCAGGCGACGUCGGAGAACGCGAACGAGGCGGCGUCGCAGGCGGCGGGCGAGCUCGGCGCGCAGACCGCCAUGGUGGGCGCGGCGCGGCAGCGGCUGCACACGCUGCAGGAACAGCUGCAUGGAGUGCGCAUCGACUUCGAGGCCACUCAGGCCGCCGCCAGGAAGGCACAGGCUGCGGCACAACAAGCGCAAGCUAACGCAGCAGCGGCGGCGGCGAAGGCCGCAGCGGCUGGCCUGGCCUCCGGCAAGCAGCAGGACGCCUCGCACGAAGAGACGUCAGCAUCACUGGAGCUUCAGUCAGAACCGGCCAGCGAAAAGCCAAUUUAUCUACCUUUAUAUGAAGUUAAAUGGCACAAAAAUGAACCGCCACAAAUAUUAAACAAAGCACAGAAACCCCUGAUUCUUGAUUUAUCUUCGUUCUCUAAAUUAAAACAAAUAAAUUCUAAUAAUUCCGUAAACUUUCACAUUCGACCGUCUAAACUUAUACCCGUUAAAUCGUAUCCGGUAUUAACGAAAUUACCAAUAUCAAGUUAUGUUCAAUUAUUAGACACGAAUUCAGAUAUACAUAGAUUAGGAACAUUGAGUUCAUAUAAGGCAUCUUAAUGACUCAAAUGUUUUAUAUCUAGGUGAACAUCA